AAAAAACGGCUCACCGUCAAAAAAUGACAGAUGCCCGUCAAAUUGGAAUAAAUUAGUAAAUAUUUGCGUCUAAAAUGCUUCUUGACAACCAGAAGAUGGCUGCCAACAUCCAGUUUGAGAGAUGGACUGCUGAUCAAGUGGCAGAAUGGCUGCGUGGUCUAGAUAUGGAUGAUGCAAUGAUUCCAUAUAUGCACUAUUUCCUCAAUAGUGGUGUUGAUGGCAAAAAGUUGAUGUUGAUGACUCAUGCUGACUUGGAGAAACUCAAUGUUGUCAAGUUUGGCCACCAAGAACUCAUUCUUGAAGCCAUAGAUUUACUAAGAAACCUUAGAUAUGGAUAUGAAACUGAGAAUCUUCAGUCGCUGGCUCUGCAGUUAGGGUGUAAAGCUCGCAGCUUGAAUGGUGAUGUAAGGGCUCGUACCGGAGAGAAUGACCGCAAUCGGGCAAACACAACUCAUUCUGGCGACAGUCAUAGACGUUUGUCAGUCGGAAUCUUGUCAUCUGUUGCUGAUCUGGUGGCUACUUUGAAAAGUUUGGUAGCAUGGAUGGAUAAGGCACCAUUUAGUGGUUUCCACGAUUUAUGUUUAGUGAGAAAUACUAUUGUUAAACAGGGACUGGAUCUCAUCAACAUGUGUCAAAGGGAGGCUACUAUACCUGACAUAGAAUUCAACCUUACUACAACAACAAAGACUUUAUCAGACAUCUGUGAGAAGAUAGUGAUUGGUUCCCCAGAAAGUCCUCUAGAUCCCCUGUAUCUGCAACCAGCCUCACUGGAGCAGGCAACCAUUAGGAAAAAACAAGGGGAAGAAUUGGGAAUGCAUAUACAGUCCUCAUACUAUGGUGUCCAUGUGAUAAGUGGAAUAAAAGAUAUGUCCCCAGCAGAUCUAUGUGGGAAGAUAGAAAAGGGUGAUGAGGUCAUACAGGUCAACCAUCAGAUUGUGGCUGGAUGGUCUUUAAAAAAGCUUGUCAGUUUGUUGAAAGAGAACCCAAAGGAAGUUAUUCUCCUAUUAAAGAAGCGACCCCGGCACAUCAGUCCAUAUGGACAGAUGAAACGACCAAACAUGAUGAACAAGCACACCACAGAUUUCUCUACACUGCCCAAGUCAAUUAAGAAAAGACGAUCACAGAACGGCGAGGCAAAACAGUUGAGACCAUCUCUGCAGGAGUUUGUCAGCACAGUCCCAAGUAAUGAAGAGACAGAAGAACUCGACUCACCAAAAGAGACCAAUGAUGGUAACGACACUGACAAUGAUGUUUUCCGCAGUGGCUCCGAGUCUCCUCAGUUCACACAGUUCACAUUGCCUGUCCAACCAGACCCCAAACAACGUCGUGCCACAGUGAGUGGAGGUUCUCCGACACUCUCACGACCCCUGUUGGUGAUUGAGGACAUUGAUACACCAAGCAGACCCAAAUCGUUCACAAUAGCAUCAACGACUGGUGCCAUGCCACAUGAAAUUAUCAUUAACUCCCCUUCUGGAGAUAACUUAUCAGAUCUCCAGAAGUUGACAUCGGCAGUGGAGAAAAGACAAGACUACAAGACAAAGUCAACCCCUCCCUCCCUUGAAUACAAGUCAAAGACUACCACUCCAUCACUGGAAUUUAGUGUCCUUAAACCUACACCAAAGAUAAUUGAACCAAAAGAUACAACCGAAAAAAUGGAAGAUAAAGUGGAAAGUAAAGUGGAAGUACAAGAUACUGUAAAGUCUGAUUCUGUGGAAGAUACUGUAAAGACUGAAUCUGUAAAAAUACAUGAAACAAGUGUGAGUGAGGAGGUAAAAGCAAAUGUAAAAGAAGCAACAGCUGCUGUUGAAGCAGUGGUUGACGAUGUCACGUCAGACAGUAUAUAUGAACGUACAAGUCAGUCACCAGAAAGAUUAUUGGAUAGUUCUACUGAUUCAGUUCCUCCAAGUGAAAGUUCAAUGGAGUCAUCACAAACGUGUACUUCAUCACUAGAGAGCUCCAGUCACUCACCUCCAUUAGAGGAGAGCUCACUGUCAAGUGAAAGGGAAAGCUCGGAUGUCGGCAUUUCUGAGGGGUCUGUGUCCCACAGUUUGUCGUAUGUCCUUGAAGCACCCCAACCCCAGCGUGCACCACUAUAUGUCUUAGAAGCUCCAAAACCUCAGCGAGUGCCACCACACUUUGAGGUUGCCUCAGACUUUGAUAAAAGCCAGCCACAACUUACGAAAAUACGUAAAUUAGACUCUGUGCUCAUUCAUAAUCGGGACCAGGAACCGGUGAAGAAAGAACGCCAUGUAGAAUUUGUGGGUGUAGACUCAGACAAGGAGACAGAGGGGAACCAAAGUUACAUUUGUAAGGUUGUGGGCGGAGUUGUGCAGAAAAUACCAGUGGAUUCUAAAGGAUCCCCAACACAUUCACCAGCAGUGAAAAGAAGACCCAAAACGGGGCGCAAGAAAGUGGAUCGCAGAGUGUCCUGUAAGGACCUGGGGAAGGGAGAUUGUGAAGGAUGGUUGUAUAAGAGAAAGGCAAAGGGUGGCGGACCAUUGUUCAGUCACUGGCAGAAAAGAUGGUGUGUGAUAAAGGACUACAAUAUGUUCUGUUACCAUGACAAGGAGUCACUGAAAGCGGAAGUUGUCAUUCAUCUACCGGCAUUCAAAGUAUCACCAGUUGAUUCCACAGAUUUCAAAACAAAGAAACAUGCAUUCAAGAUACACAAUUUAGGAACCAGUUUUUACUUUGCCUCGGAAAGACAAGAGGAUAUGAGCAAAUGGAUGAACAAGAUGGGACUAGCAGCAAUUACAUUCUCUGAGAAGUUCAAGAAGCCCGAGGCUGGCAAAUAUGACAAGAGUCAUCCAGACCCUGAUUACAGUGAAAGUGAUGAAGAACCCCAUACACAGCUCUCCGACCUCCGUGAUUCUCUCAGUAGUUCAACAUCUUCGUUACAUUCUAUCGGGAGGACGACAGAAUUGCGAGCACCUUCCCCAGACCUGCGAGCUAGUCAGGAAGAUUUGUCUGUGAUGAUACGCAAACAAUCUCAGAGAGGACAGAAUUUAUUUGGUGAAGAUUUAAACAAGCAGCGUAGGAGUGCACUCUCUAAAGAUAUAGAAGAAAGAGUAUCACCUGAAAUUAUAAAAUUCAAGAAGGUGAAAAGUUUAGAAAGAACGCUAAAGGCUAAAGAGAAAGAAUUAGAAGAGUUAGAGACGUUAUUGUCUGGAUUGUCUCCUGCAAAGUUACAGGUGUAUCGAGAGUUACACACUAACCCAGGAGAAACUGACUCCGAAUGAACUUUAAUAUGUAGAUUAGCAUUGGUCAUUACAGAAAAUUACACACUACACACUAACCAAGGAGAAACUGAUUCUGAAUGAAUUUUUAUGUAGAAUGGCAUUGGUCAUUACAGAGAAGUUUGCACACACAAACCAAGGAGAAAUUGAUUCCAAAUGUAUUUUAUGUGGAAUACCAUUCGUCAUUACAGAGAAGUUACACACUUACCCAGGAGGAACUGACUGCUGAAUACUUAUAAAUUUAGAAUUAUUACAUGAUAACUGAAGAGGGAAACUAAAUGUGUUUAUGUAGAAAACUUUUAAAUCAUUAUUCUAAUAUGCUUGUUUCCAUACAUGUGGUAAAUUCAGAAUCCCAAAACUGAAGGUUUGCUAUUUUUCAGCUGAAGUUGGGGUCUCAAAAUUGGAGGUUUUUAUCUACAUAAAUUAAGCACGCAAAUGCACAGCUUAAAGACAAAAUCCAAAAUUUAAUGUUAUUUUCUAAUCUAUCUUUUAAAUAUAUAAUUAUAUGCACGUCAAAAACCUUAAAGGGCAUAAUAUUGUAUUUUUACAACUUUAAGCAAGUAGCACAUUAAUUUUCAAGUUUUAUUGGUAGACAUUCAAAUGAAUCACAAACUUAAAGUAUCCCAAAAUGAAAUUUAGAAAAAUUUUAAGGAUUUUUUCUAAUUAAGUGGCUGAUUCUUAUAAGUCCUUGCAAAAAUAUAAUAACUUUUAUUUUAAUUUGUCAUAUUUAAACUUGUCUACACUUACCUAGAACGUUUUCACAAUAAUUACAACUAUAUUGUCCAAAAAGUAGAGUAUGUUGGGGGGAAAAAAAAUGGGCCGUGAAAAUAUGUGACAUUUAAUUUUAAUGGUAUAAGAACUAUCUGUCAACAAGGUUUUGUAAUUUAUUCAAUAAAUGUUUAUGUAUUUAUGUGUUUUGAGAGGUUUUUACAUAAAAACAUACAAUUCUCUGGCAGAAUCAUAAAUUGAAUUCUUACCGAGGUGCAGACGACAGGUACCAAAAAGAGUAACGGGUUGAUUUUUCCAACAAUUAUUAGCGUGAUUUCAUUACCGAACAAAACUUUUCUUUAAAUAAUUAAAAAUUCAUUUCAGUUAGGAAUUCUUUCUUAUGACUCAGAAUUUUUUUGCUUCAAAUUGGUAAAAAUGGAGCCUAAUUAGCAUUAAGAAUGGGCUGAAUAUCGGACCCCUGAGACAGAUGGAAAAAGCACUGCUGAUCUAGAUCUAAUCCCUAAUCAAAACAAUAAUGUUAUCAAAAGGCACCUGUGAAAGACAACUAUUUCCCACAGCUACAUGUAUGUCACAGCAGUCGGUGAUGCUUUGAUUAACUGUGUAAACACAUUUGGCAGUCCUCGGUAAUUAUCAACCCAAUCAUAAUAAUAGUCCAGCCAGGAAAAAAAUCUAAAAAUUGAAAAUUCCUGAAAUGCGUGAGAAUUAAGGAUUUGGUCGAGAGAUAGGAGGCAAGGCGAAAAAAUCGGGAUUUUGACCAUCCCGCCCAGAUGCACAUGUACACUUGUUUCUGUUAAAACCGUUUACGCUAAAAUGAUGUCACGUUAUCGUGCGUUAAAACAUUUUUUUCUAUACCUUAUUUCUUAAAUAAGAGACUUAUUUUCAGGCAGUUUGGGGUUUCAUCUAUCCAUGGAAUUAAAUCCCAGUGAACAAAGAACUCAUUCUUUUUAUUUUUCCUUGGCGAUAUAUGACCAUUUUGUGUCAAUCUAUGUAAAACCCAACUCACUCUCAUUCUUUUUUUUUUAUUCUUCAAAGUUUAUUGUAGCCAGUUCAGGCAAAACCAUGAGAUUUCGUGUCCACAAAGUUAAUUGAUUUUACAGUACCUCUGGAUGAUGGAAGAAUUUUGUGAUUAUGAGGUAAAAACAUUGUGUACACUAGAAAAUUACAGACUUCGCGGUGAUAUUGUAAAUAUAUAUGAAUACACUAUAAGGUGACAGAAUUUUUAUGCCCCCAGCAUCUACUGAUGCAGGAGGCAUAUAGUGAUUGUCCUGUCCAUUCGUUCGUCCGUUACGAGGUUAACCAAAUGGGACCGUUUCGUCUAGCAUCAAUACCCCUUACUAGAAUGACUUGAUACUAAUGCAGAUGUAACCUGUGACCAUUCCUCAUCUUCAGACAUCACCUGACCUCAGUUUGACCUUGACCUUGACCUCGUUUUGGACUUUGGUUGCUUUAUUUGGGCCAUCUCUUGGUUAACCAAAAGGGACCAUUUCGUCUAGCAUCAAUACCCCUUACAAGAAUGAAUUGAUACUAAUACAAAUGUAAACUGUGACCAUUCCUCAUCUUCAAACAUCACCUGACCUCAGUUUGACCUUGACCUCGUUUUGGACUUGGGUGCAAAAUCUAUCGACAAGGCUGCCACUGGGGGCAUCAAGUGUUUAUUGAACGCAGCUUCUUGUUUAUGAUUCAACUUUGGUAUAUCUAAUAUGUUAUCCUUUGAAAUGAGGGCACAGAGUUCCAAUAUAGAAAUUACAUUUUGUGACAUGCCAUAGUAGGUGGUAUAAACCCUGGGACCAGACCAGAAAUAGGAAGUCAUUGUACAUGCUAUACCCCUAGGUAAAGUAUGCUAUAAGAUGGUGUUUGUACAGUUUACCUACGGGUUGGGUAUAACUUGAACGGUGGCUUUAUCUUCUGGUCUUGUGCCAGUUGUAUAAACUGACAAAGGUCUAGGUCACAUGCAAAAGUCAGGUCCAAGGUCAAGGUCACAUGCAAAAGUCAGGUCCAAGGUCAAGGUCACAUGCAAAAGUCAGGUCUGUACUUCCAGGAAGUACCUUCAAGGUCAAGGUCACAGACAAGGACACUUACAUUCUCGUCUCUGCUCAAACUUUGGAAGGAUUAAAGGGAAUUCAUUGAAAGUUUGCACUUGAGAAGAUUUGAUUAAAGAAUCUGUUACUUUCCGCUGGUAUAAUUAUUGUGUCUGAACCAUAACUUUUCAAGUCAAUGAAACUUCACACCUGUGUUUAGCUAAUGAGAAGAUUUGUCAAGCACGAGUCCAGUCUUCUCUAAGAUCAUGGUGUUUGUCUUUACAUUCAUCGUUCAGAUGCUUCAGUAUUUAACCACUCGGGCUAACGCCCUCAUGGUUCAAUUCCUACACAUCUGAACUCUGAACAGUGGUAAAUUAGACGAUAAACCACUCAAAGGCUUUGAUUAUUUGUUAAAUAAAUGUUGAAGAAAAAAUUCUUUUAUCAUUAAUUGUUCACAUUAGAUUAAUGAAAUAUUGUUACUCAUUAUGACCAUUUUGUAGAACAAAGGUGACAAUUAUGAAGUAGUGUUUAUACUUUUUUUAAGUGAUGUGUUUUUUGAAAAUGUCCCAAAUGUGUUAUUCUCAUACUUCAGCAUUCCUCACAGUGAACAAAGAACAAGUCAUGUGAACUUAAAUUUUUAGGUUGAUAUUAAGUUGCACAAAACCAUUGCUUAAUCCAUUAUUUUGUUCAUCUCCUUGCAUCUUCGAGUGAUCAGUAUUUAACUGCAGUUUAAAAAAGACAUAUGUAGCUAUUGCAGAGUGCUUUAUUUACAAAAGGCUGCUUGAGGGGUCAUUGUUAGUAACUCAUAUUUUUAUUUUGAUGUAAAUGAGAUGCAAAACCAAAAUUUGUAAUAUGUAUUGUGUUGUUGCAUCGUAAAACCCAAGCCAGAUAAUCUGGCAACAAACCCAUUCAUAUGUUUUUUGUUACAUGUUGCAUUAAUUUCAAGAAUUUUUGUCUUUAUGCAGGCUUGCCUUUUUGCUGAGAGGCAACUUGUUACAUAAAUAUAUUGUUUUUGAUUUUUAAUAAACAUUAAAUAUAUAUAUGUACUAUUCUCUUAAGUUUGAAAAUGAACCUAUAUAUUAUGUGCAAUUAUUGCUAGUUGUUGAACUUUAUUAUACAAUAAAUUAUGUUUGAUAAUUAA